CGACUCCAAUCCCGACGCAUUGAACAACCUAUCGCAGCACGAUGGCUUCCAAGAAGAAUCGCAAGCGCAAGGCGAAGAAGAACCCGCAGAACGAAGAUGACAAGACAGCCCCCGAGCAGGCCAAGAUGGACCUCGAAAAUGUCAAGGAGCGUGCCAGGAUUAGGAACCCCGAGGGUGACGAACGCAUGAGAAUCCACCUCAUCCUGCUCGGUCUCCCGGUCUACCCCACCGUCGAUGACUACCCUCUCGAGACACUCAUGGCCGUCAGCAAGCUCGCCCAACUAACCGCAGGCCCAGGCGGGUUUGGGAAUGCGCUUUCCCGCGUCAGCUUGUAUCGGCUCGAGCGGAUCAACGCACGCGGCUUCAACCACAACAAAGGCCUCGAGACGAAGGUCGAAGACAUCGAGAACGUGAUCAAGUUCCUGAAUGGCGAGGCGGUCCGGCAACGCGAGAGAUGGCGGGGCUUCUCCGCGCCGCUCCGCGCGCUGCGCAACCGCUUCGUCGUCCUGGGCUUCCCCGAAGUCAAAGACCUUCUCGACUACGACCCGGAGUUGCUGAAGCUGUUGAGCGACCUCUCCGCCGUCUCAUACAACAACUUCAUCUUCGUGACCAUUUACGUCGCCCGUUCGCGCUGGGCGCGCCUGCUUGAUCCGGCGCGUCGGCACACUGGCCCCGCAACGACUAUCGACGAUAUGCGCAACGCGAUCAAGGAAGCGAAGGAGAACCCUGUCCUUGGCCCUGAUGGCAAGCCGUACAAGCCUACGCCGAUCGCGGAUGAGGAUGAUCCCGAAACGGUCGAUCUUAUGGAGUUCUUAAACACCAUUCGUGACAACUCGACUGAUGAGGCUAGGAAGAAGGACGUAGAGCAGCAGAUGGAGAGAAUGCGUCAGGAGAAUCUGCGUGAUACCCUUCUUGCGCAUGGCCCCAGUUCAUUUCAAACUCUUGGGCUGCCGCCGGCUGCGGCGCAGACCUUCAGGUCUCUGAUGGAGAGCAAGGAGUUCAAGGACACGACUAAGAAGCAGAAGAAGAACAAGCCCUGA